CUGGGCGUGGAGUGACACCUGUUGCAUUGACCGGGGUAACCGUGUUGAGGUCACACGUUCGAUCAACUCCAUGUUUGUCUGGUAUCGCAAUUCAGCUCUUACGAUAAUCCACUUGUCAGAUGUCUCGCCUUCGUCGAAGCCUGGCGCACUCGCAGAGUGCACUUGGAACACGCGAGGAUGGACUGUUCAGGAAUUCCUCGCACCCAAAAUUAUUCUCUUCUACACACAAAAUUGGACCCUCUAUCUCGAUGACCGCUCUCCCAACCACAAGGAGUCUGCCACUAUCAUGCAGGAGCUGGCAGAUGCAACCGGCAUAAAUAAACAAUCCCUCGUCACUUUCCGUCCAGGGUUGAUGGGUGUGCGAGAGAAACUCCGAUGGUCGUCGAGCCGUGUCACCACGCUGCAGGAAGACACCGCGUACUCAUUGUUUGGCAUCUUUGGCAUCCAUUUACGUGUCAUCUACGGUGAGAACAGACAAAAUGCGCUCGGGCGGCUCUUACAGGAGAUCAUCGCUCGGUCGUGCGACAUAACUGCCCUGGACUGGGUUGGAAAAUCAUCCGACUUCAAUAGCUGUCUCCCGGCUGACAUCACGUCGUACAAAGCUCCACCGUACACGCCGCCACUUCUAUCUGAAGAGGAAAUGCAGACGUCAAUCUCUGCACUGCGAGAUACUGUGGAUGCAGACUCGGCUUUGAAACUGUAUGCCCUCCUUGACUACCUUGGUCCUCCUCGAUUCGUGAACUCCAGACUACAACUGCCCUGUAUCGCCUUUCUUCUCACAGAAGUCGAAUUGAGGCGUGUUCAAGACCAGGGUAGAUGUCUUGUAUAUGAUGUCAAGGCAAACGGGCUCCAAGACUUACAAAUCACAAUGGCGAACAGACUGAUUCAAUUCUCGCCUGCAAGCCCUGCACGGGUGACAUUCUUCCUCAUCCGUCCAUGGAAUCGUUAUGAUCUCGACCUGCCUGACUCUGAAGACGAGUCGCGAGACUUGGACGAUUUUCCCGAGCCUUUAUCUCCUUCGGAUGAUUUGCCUCUCUGGCCCCCUAGAGACCACGAGGUGGCUAAUUCGGAGUAUCAUCGAACGUUGAGGGUCAUCGUUCACCUUGGUGGAGGCCGUGGGGAUGGUGCAUUUGGGGAGGUGUCGGGCGAUGAGGAUGCAGAUGAAGAGACUCGGCUGUAUGGCACAGGGUUUCAGUCUGGGUUCUUGGAUGACGAUGACCCAUCCUCUGCCGACCCUGGCCCUGUGUACAGAGAUGAGCCUCGAGGGGAGCAUGAUAUGAGUCCUGAUGUUAGAUCCGCAAGCCCUGGGAGCGGCAGUGGCAGUGGGGAUGGGAGCUGGGAGCAUGCUUCUCAGACACGUUGAUCUACAUGGAUUUAUAUACAUAAAUUUUAUCCGAACUUUUCUUUUAUGUACAUGAGGAUAUGGGCUGUAUCUCGUAUUUCAUUGACACCUAAAUUACAUUCCACUCGAGCAUUAUAAACAGGACGUCAGGAUACAUUAGUAUCUACAAUUGCCUAUGUAGAACCAUCUCUACAACAGGCCAUAUAAUGCGCAGCGACGACGAUGUGCGACCACGGCAUCAGAUUUGGGAUGCAUAUGCAUAGAAGUUCGAGAUCUACGAGGUCAAUGCGAACAGUGGGAAAUCGAGAAAUGUACGUGAAUAGCACAACGAACUAACUGCGAGCGUGAGCCUCGCCACCAUUACUCCGGUGCGAUGACUGGGCGGGCUCCAAGUCCCAUCGCGGAGGCAUCCUAAGUCUACCAUCAGACCAGCAGG